CAGAACUCUUCGUGUCGACCAAUCAGAUGGCAGGAUGAUUUCUCUUCCUGUUUAGCCGAGGGAAUCAUUAUCGGUCGCGGACGGAGAUCAUGGGAGGGAUCAAACAAGAGCAGAGUGAAGCAUCACAGCAGCCCAAAGCUUCACAUUCAGCAGAUCAGCCACAGGACGAGCCAAAGAAGCGAGGCUGGCCAAAGGGAAAGAAAAGAAAGAAGGUGCUACCAAAUGGCCCCAAGGCACCAGUAACAGGUUACGUCCGCUUCCUGAAUGAACGCCGAGAACAUAUGCGGGCCAGAUACCCUGACUUACCUUUCCCAGAAAUCACCAAGAGACUUGGAGCAGAGUGGACACGAUUAGCCCCGAAUGACAAACAGCGCUACCUGGACGAAGCAGAGCGGGAGAAAAUGCAGUAUGCCCAGGAACUGAAGGAGUAUCAGCAGACUGAGGCUUAUCAGAUCACCAGUGCCAAGAUACAGGACAAGAGGAUCAAAAAAGAAGACGCUCCAUCCGUCAUCAUCAGCACAAGUUCAGAGUCAUCUUUAUCAAAGGCGUCUGACCUCAGCAGAUUCGACAUCCCUAUCUUCACAGAGGAGUUCCUCGAUCAAAACAAAGCUCGAGAGGCUGAGUUGCGACGGCUCCGUAAGGCCAACAUUGAGUUUGAGGAGCAGAAUGCAGUGCUCCAGAGGCACAUUAAGGACAUGUACAACGCUAAAGAGCGCCUGGAGGCUGAACUGGGGCUGGACGAGAAGCGUACCCAGGCUCUUCACCAACACUUGCUCGCCAUCAAACACACAUUGGUCAACAGUCUGUCUUCAGUCCCCCUGCCAGGUACAGGUGAGACAGCGUCUCAUGGGAACCUUGACUCAUACCUGAGCCGUCUCAGUGGAGUACUGGAAGGAAACCCUCACAAGCAUCGUGCACUGCUCUCACAGCUUUGCGAAGUCCUCUCUCAUCUGGACAGUGAGAAGUUAUGAGGAGAGUCCAGCUGGAGACGCUUUCAUUCCUGCAAUAGAGGGACACGUGACCGGCUCGGUGGUAUUAGGUCAAGUCAGUGCCAUUCAACAGAGCAUGUGGAUAUAUCAAGGAAAGUAAAGGCAAGGGUACAAACACCACACACACAGAUCAUGUCUACAUGCCUCUUCUUUAUGAAUAUAUGUAUUCUGUAGAAUAUGUGUAUUCAUGCACAUAAGUGUUUGUGAAUGUAAAUUUAUGUGACAGUGUGGGAGGGUUUUUACAGUUCAGGAAUUUCAUUGAUGCAAUGUAAUUUUAUCCUUUGAACUGCUUAAAUUCAGUCAAAUUGGAUUGAUCCUAAUCCUAUCGUGUAGUAUCAGCAGUUACCGACAGGCCUAUGACCUGUCCAAUAAGACAAGCAUAAUUAUUAGUUUACAAUAAAUGCCAUUUGGCAUUUGGUGAGUGGGGAAUGUGUACGUAGUGUUAUUUAGGAUGCAUGAAAAAAAUAAACUGGAAAGGGUGAGAAUUACAUGUUUGAAUUUACAUUAAUAAUGGUGGGUUGUUGAAUGGGCAAGCAGUUUCACUUGUUGUCAGAAUAUUAUAUAUAUAUUUGUGAAGUAUAUUUGUAUUUUCUGAAAUGUUCAUUAAACCACACUGAAAAUGUUUACA